GUUUUAUCAAGAAUUAUUUAAAGCUAAAGAAUCAUUUAAUAUACAUGAAGAUUAUAAGUUUAAGGCAGUAUGCGAUACCUUGCAUACCAGAAUGAUUGAAUUAGAAGAAAUUAAUAAUGGUGAUUAUAAUGGAGCUAAUCCUCUUACUGAUGAAGAAAUGAUUCAAAUCUUUGAGCAUCCUAAUAUGUCAAAUAAUACACCAGAUGGAUUAAUAAGAAGACAUCCAAAACAUAUUAUAUCACCAGAUGAAAAUGGAACACAUGGGGCAUGCUAUGAUAUUAAAAAAUACUUAAACCUGCGACCAAAAAAUGCCAAAGAAAAUCUUAUUUCUAACGAAAUAUCUAAAGAAGAAAUUAAUAUAUCAGAAACAGAAAAGGAACCAUUCUCUGAAAUCCAAAAUAUGAUUCCUUCAAAAUGUAUAAAUGAUUUAUUUCUUAAUAAUAGUCGACUUAAAUUUAUUAAUUGUAGUAAUAUUACUAUUAAUAUUGCAAAGUAA